AUGGUUAACGAUUGGUAUCCAGAGGAAGAUGAAUACAUCCGUUAUGGAGGUUGUCAAGGUGAAGAUACUGAUGAAGAAUCAGCUCGCAAGAAUGAGGAACGCGAACGCAAGAAGGCUGAAGUCAGAAAACGUCUUGAAGAAGCCGGAAACAAGAAAAAAUCAAAAAAAGGUUUUUUGACUCCAGAAAGAAAGAAGAAACUCCGUAAAUUGCUUAUGAUGAAAGCUGCUGAAGACCUUAAACAACAACAAUUGUUAAAGGAACAAGAGAGACAAAAAAUUCUUUCUGAACGUACUAUGCCACUUCCAGCUAUUGAUGGAGUUGAGGAUCAUGCUAAACUUGAAAAAAUUUACAAUGACAUCUUUGCUCGUCUUGUUGAAUUAGAAGAACAAAAGUAUGAUAUUAAUCAACUUGUUCUUGCUAAAGAUCAAGAGAUUAAUGAACUUACAAUUGCUGUAAAUGAUCUUCGUGGUAAAUUUGUUAAGCCUGUUUUAAAGAAAGUUUCUAAAUAUGACAAUAAAUUUAAAAAAAUGGCAGAAACUAAGAAAGAAGAUAAACAAGAUUUCCGUGCUAAUCUUAAAGUUGUUAAAAAGGAAACAGUUAUCGAUGAUUUGGUUGCUAAAAAGAAGUUUGAUAAACCAGAUUGGUCAAAGAAAGGUGGAGCUGAUGGAGAAGCUAAAGAAGAGAAAGCUCCAAAAGAAGAAACUCAAGCUGUUGAAGAAGAAACUCCACAAGCUGAAGAUGUUGUUGAAGAAGUUGAAGAAGCUGAGGAAGAAGAAGAAGAAGAGGAAGAGGAAUAG